ACGAAGUAAAUAAUACUUGGUAACGGCAAUUCCAAAAGAAACCCACAUUGAGACCAAAAACAUCAAACCAUGAAAACCCAAGAGCCACUUCACUUCCUCCUCUCCCUCGUCUUGGCAACAUUAAUUUUCCGGCUGCACCCAGUCCCGACCGUCGGAUACCCCGACCCCACAACCACGACCGACGCCACCGAUUUCAUCCGUACGAGCUGCGGAACAACGUUGUAUCCCGACCUCUGCUACACGUCGCUGUCCCGGUAUGCCAACGCUAUACAGCAAAACCCGGCUCAGCUGGCCAAAGUUGCCAUAGCCGUGAGCCUCGCCAAGGCAAAGCACCUGGCCUCCUUCGUGUCCAACGUCUCCCGCCAUGCCGACUACGGCACAGACCCACGAACGGCAUCCGCGCUCCAUGACUGCUUCUCCAACUUCGGCGACGCCGUGGACGAGAUUCGCGGCUCGCUGAAGCAGAUGCGCCAGGUGGGAGCUGCGGGAGCGGAUUCGUUCAGGUUCCAGAUGGGGAACGUGCAGACUUGGAUGAGCGCGGCGCUGACAGACGAGGACACCUGCACCGACGGGUUUGAGGACGUCAGAGACGGUGAAGUGAAGACAGAAGUAUGUCAUCGGGUGGCGAAGGCGAAGAAGUUCACGAGCAACGCGCUUGCUUUGGUUAACAGUUAUGCCGCCGAUGGGAUCCCUUGAUGGGGUUUGCAUUUUGUUGUUUCCGACUUGAGUUUUUAUCAGUGAAUUUAUUUAAGCAGAUAGAUUGUGGGAAUCUUGAGUGAGAGUUUUGUGCAUAUUUUGGGCUUUUGUAAUUUUUUUGUUGUGAAUUUUUAACUCUGUGUGCUUGUAGAUCAGAUGGUGGCGAUAUUUGCUAGUUAAUCGAUAUGUUUUGUGGGA